AUGUAUUUCAAUGCCAGCAUCAACAGCACAACCAAGCUGCUCAAGCCCCUGCUGGUGUUUACUUUCUGCUUGAUGGCGGGCCUUGCUGGUCUGACUCAGAUAACGCAAUACCGCAGCCACCCAAUAGAUGUCUACGUGGGAUAUCUGAUAGGAGCUGGCAUUGGUGUCUAUCUGGCUGUGUACGCUGUGGGAAACUUCAAAGCAGCAGAGGAAGAUAAUCCAUCUUUGCAGAGAUUGGAUUCAGUCCAGCAGAAGGAAAGCCUGAGAGUCUUGAGCCAACACAACCAUGAUUCCCUGUAUAGGAAGACUCCCAGGGUGUCUGAGAGCAGGGAAGAGCUAGGGGCUGGGCUAGGGGCUGGAUCCCGCAGUAAAGUGAGGAGAGAGAAGGCCUCCUUGGCCUCCCUGAAACGAGCUAGUGCGGAUGUGGAGCUCCUGGCAAUGCGAGGUCCCAUGGGCAAAGAGACCAUGGUAACCUUCAGCAACACUUUGCCCCGAGUCGCGAGUGGAAACAGCCCCAUCUCCCCCUCGGAUGAGCCCAUCAUUACACAGCGUCAUAUGACCUUCCAUGUGCCCUUUGACCCUCAGAGAUCUCAGCAACUGGUGUCAGAGUGGAAGCAGCGCUCCCUGGAGCUCCGUAGCCAGAUUUCCAGAGAUGAAGAUGAGGGUGCAAUUGAAGGAGACCAAGGGGGUGAGGGUGUAGCAGCUGGAGGAGACAAAGAAAACAAGGGGAUGCCUUCAUCUUUGUAUCCUACUGUGCAGGCCAGCAACAGCACAGCUACACCAGCUAUAGCCAGGAUGGCUGUGGCGCCCCCUUUAGUUCACAUCCCAGAAGAAGCCUUGCGGCCACCGCCUGUCUCCCCAAAGAGUGCCAAGACAAGGGCCAAGUGGUUGUCACUCACAGAGGGGGGAGGGGUGCAAGAGCAUAAAGAACAAGGUGAAAGAACAGGACCCAUUGCAGUGUCCACCCCCCGUGUACCCAUCACACUGCCAAGCCAGCACCCAAGCAAGCAAAGAGUCACUCAGGUCAUGGCCAUAUCAAAGCAGCAGGGUAAAGGACUUUCAUUCACUAAGACGUCAGACGGUGGCUCCUCUUCCGGUGGUGGCUCCAACUGCCCCGAGUCACCAUAUUACCGCAUCCCAUCUGACCAAGACAUGGGAAGCAACCCCGGGAGCAUCGCCAGCAGCGGGAGCAUCGUCACCAUUGAUGCUCAUGCUCCUCACCAUCCGGUGGUGCGCGUGUCAGCCAGUAAUGGCAAGCCCUGGGAAUGGAGGAACACCAUCAGCGGCAACAUGACAGCCUCCAACGUGAUGGGCAACAAACAUAACAUGGCUCUGCAGCGGCAGGACAAUGUAAGCCACUACAGAGACUACCAGACACUUCCGGUGAAAACGGACUCCAUCUGCUCGUCCAUAACUGAAGGAGGACCAGAGCUACUUCCCCCACCCCACCCCACUGUCUCCUCUCCCCUGCCUCCUCCACUUCAUCUAUCAUCAUCCCCUCUUCCUCCUCCUCCAUCCCCUCAGCCACCCUCCUCUCCCUUACCUCCCCCUCUUUCCUCCACCACCCAUAUGCCUCCACCUCCCACUUUGGUACCGUCCUCCCACAUGCCCCUACCUCCUCACCCAUUCUCUUCCCCGCUGCCUCCUCCCCCACAUUCCUCCUCCUCCAUGCCUCCACCCCCUCACUCGUCCUGCUCCGGCAUGCUCACCCCUCCUCCACACCCUGACCUGCUGAUAGAUGGCUUCGGCCAGGCCCUGCCGCGCUCCUCCACCCUGCCUCGCCAGCCCACCGUUUCUGCCUGCAGCCACGCCGAACAGGAGCACUACUACAAGACCCUGCAGAAUGAGAGGAUGUUAUAGUAAAUAGGAAAGCCAUCAUUAUAAUACAGGAUUAAAAAAAGGAAAAACUGGACGAGACCGUUAAAGACACGCGGGAUAAAAAAAGAUGAGUUUUGGAAUGAAUAUACAAGGUUUAAAGCUAUUGAAGAGGUUGGGGACAUUUGGGAGCCCCCUAACUCAGCAGGGAACCAGCUUUUUUUCUCCUUUUGUUCUUUGCUCACGCACUGCCACAGCUCUUGCUGUAACUGGAGAAAGAUUCAACAAGAUGAGAAAGGGGACUGAACAUUCAAAAAACAAAACCAUGAUUUUACUUCUGGUUUUUAGCAGCCUCAGUGUUUUUUAAAGACACAUUCAUAAAAAAGAAUGAAGAGGCUGCAUAGAAUAUUGUGAGGACAUCACAAUACGACUGUCUGCUACAUGGAAUGUCCUUGGAGAGAGGAGAGGGGAUAGUGCUGAAUAAACAACUAUAGACUAUUUAAUUUAUUAAUUUUUAUUUAACCAGGGAAAUCCCAUUG